AUGGUCUUCAGCUCUUUACCGGCCAUUUCCCAGAAGUGGGCUGAUGUGGCAAGACUGUAUGGAAAACACCCUGCUACUGAUCAGCGCUGGUGGAAAACUAAAGAAGCUACGAACAAUCCCGAACAUGCUUCUAGGRAGUUUGGCGGCCACAGAUCUCCUGACUGGGAUGACAGUGCAACCAAUGUUUACGCUACAGUCAAUACUCAGUUCCUAAUUAAACACACGUCCUCUUGUGAUGCGUUUGUUCUUUACGAUGUUUCACAGUUUUUAUGUGGUCUUUGUUCAUCAUAUAUCUCGAUUCUCGUAACAAUCGAUCGGUGCAUGUCUAUUUCUCAGCCAUACAGGUACCGUGCCUUAGYCACCAAGAAGAGAAUCGCAGCWUUGAUCUCUAUGGUGUUGCUAAUCUGGUCGGCGUUGGCAAUCUUAAGGCUGUUCUUAUUAUCGCGUGGUAAACACUUCGGUUUACUAUUAAGUAUUUCAUUCUUUCUGUCCUUCUGYGUCGUUGUAGUCCUCUACAUACAUAUGCUACGCAUAGCCAACAGACAUCAAAACCAAAUCACCGCUCAAAUCCCACCAGAAUUUGCAAAGAACCAGAAACGCGAAAGAAAAGCGAUGAAAACUGCCUCGUACAUCAUCGGAGCGUUCAUCAUCUGCUACUUGCCGUACAUUGCUGUUCGUUUAUUUAGUAUCAUUGUUAAAACUUCUCUGAAUUUACGUUACGUAUUGAUGGUGUGGGCAAAGACACUCUUGUACAUGAACUCCAGUUUGAACCCAUUUAUUCUGUUUUGGAGAAUCAGAGCGGUUCGAAAUGCAUUAAUGAACAUUUUGAGGGACCGUCGACUUUGAAGUGUAACAAGAAACCUAAAAGCACAACUGAAAUUGUACAUYGAUCCAAUAAAAUUCAAUAUUUAUAA